AUGAAACUGAUUUUGGCAAUAGGUUUCCUGUUAUCAAGCUGUUACGCAGACAGACGAUUUCCAGAUGACUUUCUAUUUGGUACUGCUACAGCGGCCUACCAAAUAGAAGGGGGAUGGAAUGCGGAUGGUAAAGGUGAAAAUAUUUGGGAUCAUUUGGCUCACACUAAGCCCUAUGCGGUCAAAGAUAUGAGUAACGGAGAUAUAGCAACUAAUACAUAUAAUAACUACCAGCGAGAUGUUGAGAUGAUGAGAGAACUUGGUUUAGACGCAUACCGAUUUUCCAUAUCCUGGUCUAGAAUCCUGCCUAAUGGAUUAGCCAAUCAUGUUAACAAAGCUGGAAUCAAUUUUUACAACAAUUAUAUAAACGAAAUGCUAAAAUAUAACAUUACACCAAUAGCAACAAUAUAUCAUUGGGACUUACCACAAAAGCUCCAAGACCUAGGUGGAUUUAUAAACCCAUUAUUCUCUGAAUGGUUUGAAGAUUACGCUCGUGUCGUAUACGAAAAUUUCGGAGAUAGAGUGAAGCACUGGAUUACAUUCAAUGAACCUAGAGAAAUAUGUUACCUAGGUUACGGAUCUACUAGUAAAGCCCCUAUGUUAAACGUAACGGACGUUGGGACCUAUUAUUGUGCCAAAAAUCUAGUGCUUGCUCAUGCGAGGGCAUACUAUGCAUAUGUAAAUGACUUUAAGAAUAGUCAGGGUGGUAUUUGUGGCAUUACAAUUAAUGUUAAUUGGUUUGGACCUUUGACUGAUUCUGAAGAAGACAAACAUGCAGCUGAAAUAUAUAGGCAAGCUGAAUGGGGUCUAUAUGCUGAACCUAUUUUCUCAGAACAUGGAGGUUUUCCUAAGGAAUUUUCAGAGAUAGUAGCACAGAAAAGUCUUGAACAAGGUUACCCAAGGUCUCGCUUGCCAGAAUUUACUGAUGAAGAAAGAAAAUUUGUGCGAGGAGCUUACGACUUUUUCGGUGUUAAUCAUUACACAAGCAAACUCAUAUCGGCUAAAUCUUAUAAGAUUGAUCAUCCUAUUCCAUCCCUGUACUCUGAUUCUGAUGUGGGGUAUUUUGUUCCUCUUGAAUGGCCAAGAUCUGCCUCCAAGUGGCUAGCACAAGCCUCAAAUAGUCUCUACAAUGCUUUAACAUUCCUCAUGAAGAGAUACAAUAGCCCUAUAUUCUACAUCACGGAAAGUGGCUGGUCUAACCCACCAGAUGCUGGAUUGUUGGAUGAUGACAGAAUUGGAUACUAUAGGGCAGCUUUGAACAGUGUUUUGGAUGCUAUCGAAGCUGGUGUCAAAAUCAAAGGUUAUAUGGCAUGGAGUUUGAUGGACAAUUUUGAAUGGGUGGAGGGAUACACAGAACGAUUUGGCUUAUAUCACGUGGACUUUAAUAGCCCCGAAAGAACACGAACGCCUAAAAAAUCAGCGUUUAUUUACAAGGAAAUUAUUAAAAAACGUAUGAUAGACCAAAACUAUGAACCUGCCAGCCUUAAAAUGACGAUUGAUGAUGGACAU